GCAGCAGCAGCAGCGCGCUGGGCAGAGAGGUGCCGGAGAGCGCAGCGUCAGUGACGCUCUGCUUGCUUACUCCAGGUGCUGUUGGGGCAAGACAAUCCAGAAGAAGCCUGGCUGCUCCUCUCUCCCUCUCCCCCUAGCUGGGAUGGACUGAGGGCAGGAGGAGGAGGAGGAGGAGAGCCCCACCGCAGCAGCCAGAGAGAGCAGAGCUGAACUGAAGCAUGGAGCUGAAGAAAUCCCUCUCGGCCAGCAUGGAGGCAGAGAAACCUCUGAGAAGCUACGGGGCAGUGGACGAGACAGAAUGGAAAGCCGAGGGCCUGGGGCGCAAUCAACUUGACAUCAUUUCAAUGGCGGAAAACACCAUGAUGCCCGAGGAAAUCGAACUGGAAAUGGCCAAGAUCCAGCGGCUUCGGGAAGUGUUAGUCAGAAGAGAGUCAGAACUCCGGUUCAUGAUGGAUGACAUUCAGUUGUGCAAGGACAUCAUGAGUCUUAAGAAAGAGCUGCAGAACUUAGUAGCAACUCCAGAAAAAGACAAGACUAAGCAGGAAAAGCAAAGAGAAGAUGAACUGAUUCAGAAGAUCCAUAAAUUGGUACAAAAAAGAGAUUUCCUGGUCGAUGAUGCAGAAGUGGAGAGAUUAAGAGAGAAAGAAGAAGACAAAGAAAUGGCUGAGUUUCUGCGGAUAAAGUUGAAACCCUUAGAAAAAGUAACAAAGUCUCCAACUGGCACUCCAGCAGAGAAGAAGGCAGAACCUCCUCCACCCCCUCUUCCUCCAAGCAAGCCCACCAUUGCGAAAACAGGAAUAGCUAUUAUUAAAGAUUGCUGUGGGACCACCCAAUGUGCUAUCAUGUAACUCCACCCCCCCUGGUUACACCUCCUAUUCAAAGCACUUUUUGGGGGGGGGAGGGGCGGGGGGAGUGUUUCCUUUUCCAUCCAAUGAAAACUGUAGAGGGAAAAGGACAUAAAAACAUUCACAGUCUUGA